GGUGCUGGUGCUGCUGCUGCUGCUGCGGUAGUAUGGCUGCUGCUGCCGCCGCGUCUCCAGCCGAUAAAGAAAGAUUCAUCUGCAUUUAUCCAGCAUAUUUGAAUAACAAGAAGACAAUAGCAGAAGGAAGAAGGAUACCUAUAGACAAAGCUGUUGAAAACCCUACAUCUACAGAAAUCCAGGAUGUAUGUGCAGCAGUUGGAUUCAAUGUGCUAUUAGAGAAAAAUAAGAUGUAUCCUAGAGAGUGGAACAGAGACGUGCAGUACAGAGGCAGAGUACGAAUCCAGCUCAAACAAGAUGAUGGCAACCCAUGUUUACCUCAGUUUCCAACACGUAAAUCGGUGAUGCUUUACGCUGCAGAAACUAUUCCCAAACUGAAAACGAGGACCCAAAAGAUGGGAGGUAGCGAUCAAAGCCUUCAACAAGGAGAAGGAGGCAAGAAGGGUAAAGGGAAGAAAAAGAAGUGAACUUGCAUCAGGAAUAAUCAUAGUGUCGCAUAGGACAAAUGUGGAUGGAUACAUGACUUGCUGCAACUUUGAAGAAAAAGAGACAAGGAAGAAGCGUCCAGGUGAAGCUGACAUGAACUGCCUGCUUUUCUCAGAGCUGGAAUGCAUGUAGCUGCCUCACCUCUGUGUCACAAUAAACCCAUCUUAACACACAACUUGCAAGCCUGACGCUGGCAUCCACUUCCACAGGUGGAAGAAGAACAUGGGGGGGGCGGGAGGUGGGGAAGAGAGAAUUGCUCUUUCCAGGAGAAAUAUGCAGCUUUUGAUAAGUAAAUAUGCAGACUAGAUAUCUGAAAACUGAUUGCCUUAGUAAACCUUUUAUCUAUGCUAGUGAAGUGCUUGUCUUAAUUCUGGAGGGUGUUUGUCACUAAUAGGAAAACAUGAAGCAAUGAAGCUGCGGCUCUGUAAACUUCCCUGGCUGAUAACCUUUCACUACUGUCACGUCUACUAAUAAAGGUCACAUGUUAAUUUAAA